CCGCCGGCCGCACCAACCUCAGCACGAACACUUCACUGAAUCUUCAUUCACACUCUGCAGCGAGCAAGCAUUGAAGCACCAUGGGUCAAGGCACGGAGGUGAAGACCAGGGAGGACCCCAAAGUGGAGAUCCAGGAGAAGGGCGAGGUGUUCUUCUUCUACCGGCCCAAGGUGGACAAGGAGGAGGCGCACAGCCCCGACGACGUGCAGCGGAUGUACGUCGUGCUGCGCCCGGAGUCCGCCCCCGACCGCGCCGUCGAGGAGAAGCAGGCGCCGGACUCCGGCAAGGAGGGCAAGAAGAGGAAGACCCGUCACGGCGGCGAUGAGAAGGGGCAGGCGGACGGCGGCAACGAAGGCGGCCACGGGAAGGAGGAGGUGAACGUGGAGGAGAAGCCGCUGCUCCGGCUGAUCGUGAUGGGGAAGAAGAGCCUGCCGGACCCGGCGAAGCACGGCCGGCCGUUCUGGGGCUACGUCGACCUCGUCACGACCGACAUCGAGGACGUCAAGGACGCGCUCAAGGGGGCGGAGUACGACACGGCGACGCGCGGCAAGCGGCACCAGUCCGCGGCGAGGGCGAUGGGCGAGGGCGUGUACCGCAUCGUCAAGCACGAGGGCCGCGGCGGCCGCCCGCACACCCACCUCGUCUACAAGCUCGAGCUGCCCUCGCGCGGCGAGGGCGCCGUCGGGGAGCCGCAGGAGGCCAUGAACGUGGAGCCGGAGGCGUCGUUCCUGGUGCAGAUCAAGAACCCCGAGCAGCGCGGCGGGGGCCGGGGCGGGGGCGGAGGCGGCGGCUUCGGCGGGCUGCAGGGCAAGCGGAAGGCCGCGUUCCCGGAGCACCUGCAGGGGCGGUUCGGGAGCAACCGCUACGCGCCGGCCGACCCGCCGGACCUGCUCAACUACGAGGGGUGCGAGCUGCUGCUGAUCUCGGCGUCCGACGACGUGGAGGAGGAGCUGGGCCUGGAGCUGCAGACGGAGACGGAGGAGGAGACGGGGGAAGGCGCUGGUGAUGGCGGCGAGGGCGGCCGCGCCUGGGCCGGGUGCUCGGACCUGGUGAAGAUGUUCGGCGAGGUGGCCGACGUGAAGCCGCUGCUCAGCGGGAGCUGGGACUAGUUUAAGGUUCUAGCUCAACUAGCAGCAGUCCAGUAGACUACUUAGCGAGGCUAGCUAGGUAGGUCACAGAGGAGGCCAGGUUGUGUAGCUUGGCGGAAGCUCGCUCUGCAGUCUGCAACUGUAACGCGUUGUUUCCAUGUAUCGGGUAUCGCAGCAGUGUUCAACUAUUUGUGUGCCAAUCCGAA